AUGCUUAGGUGUUUCUGUGGUUUUGUCGACGUCCCGCGACGGCCACAACCUGGUCGCUACCUGACCGAACGCCAUCGUCGAGCCCUACUAAGUAUCCGACUCGCGCCACCCCGGGUAGACCGCAUACCACAUAUAACCAUACCAGAAACGGCAGCUGAGCAUACUUACCUGGCGUAUAGGUCAACCGUGAUCAAAUGGGCGGUUCCUCCAGGGCGAGACUUGUCCAUUGCACCAUGGGAUGGGUUGACCCCUGCGAGUAUCCCUAAUGUGGAUACCUCGGGCGCACAAUUUUUGGUAUUUGGGACUGCGUACGCGCUGUCCCUUGAAUUAUAA